AUGUCUUUCGAUAUCAAUUGGGAUAAUUUGAAGAACGAUCCCGGCAUUAGCAAUUCCAUCAAGGAGUUCCUUCAUGAUCAACUUCAGAAUAUAACCUUACCGUCUUAUAUUUCCAAUUUACAAGUUGUGGAGUUUAGUUUAGGAGAUAUACCACCGGAAGUUAUCAUACGACACAUUGGCGAUCCAUUUCCAGAUUUCUAUGCAUCUGAAGACGAUGACCCAAAAGGAGAUACUGAAUCUUCUUUUUUGGGUAAUGAGCAUGAAAAGAAUGAUGAAGAUGACGAUGAUGAUGAGGAGGAGGAGGAGGACGACGACGACGAUGACGAAGACGACGAUGACGAUGAUGACGAUGACGAAGAAGGUAAUGAAUAUCCCAACGACAAACUAUCAACCAUAUCAGAGGGUAUCUCAUUUUUAGACACUUCAGAAGAGCACCCCUCGAAACUACAUCACUCUAAAGAGCUGCACGGCUCAAUACCUGCUCGUCCACCCAUCCUCGCGUCCAAGGAGUCCUUUCAAUCAGUCUUGCACCCGUAUGGAGUGAGUGGAAUUCUUGGCUCAGUGAAUGCAACUGCUAGUGGCACUGGCACAGAAACGCCUACACAUAUACUAAACCCCAACAAUUUGUCAUCCAAAGUUGUUCCCAAAAUAUUAAGCAAGUCAGAUGCCAAAACUUCUAAGACCAGUGUAAACGAUAUUCAAUUCAUUGUGGAGAUUAACUACAAGGGAGAUAUGCACAUUGAUUUGUUGGUAACUUUGCUUGUAAACUAUCCAUCGCCAAAGUUUAUCUCAUUACCCAUCAAGCUUCAUGUUACUGAUUUGGUAGUUCAUUCCAUUGCUACUAUUGCCCACCUCAACAACUCAAUCUUUAUAUCAUUUUUAUGUGACGUGAAUGACGAUUUUGAUGUCACUGGUCCUGCAUCAAAUGCAUCCACCCCGGGAGGAAACAUUGUCGAUUAUUACUUUCAUGACCCACACAGUAAAGAGCGUAUUGAUGUUAUAAAAAAAAUUAGAAUAGAGAGUGAGAUUGGUGAAGUUGAAAAUAAUGUGUUGAGGAAUGUCGGCAAGGUUGAGAAGUUCCUAAUGGAGCAGAUACGUGGAAUAUUGAGAGAGGAGAUUGCGUGGCCUAGCUGGAUAUGUAUAGACAUGGAUGAAGAUGGGGAUGCUGAGAGCUUAUAG